AUGCUGCGCACAUUUACGAACGCUGCCCUGGAGCACUCCCGGAGUUUAGAUGUGGACAGCGAAUCCGAGACCGAGUUUACAGAUGAGGAGCAUCCGCGGUCUCUCAGCUGCGGCCAAAAGUGCGGGAUCUUCAUCGGAUAUAUUUUGCCCACAUGGGGGCACCUGAGCCUGGCAAACGUCGGCCGCUCGUGGGCAGCUGGCGCUCUUGCGCUGUGGCACUGUUUCUUGAUUUUGGCCGCGGCAUGCCUAAUCUUCUGCAACUGCGCCUCGGUGGUUCUCCGAAGCUACAUUAUCUGGUACACAAAGUUGGACCAAGAGACAGCAACUUCUCCAGAAGGACGAUUCCAUCUGACCAUUCUGUUCUAUGGCGCGUUCUUUAGGUGUUACAUCAUGCAAAGUGCGACCACCGACGUUCUUCGGUUUGCGUUCAUUCUCUGCAGAGAUGCAUGGCGGCCAGAUGUCUUCGAGGCAUACCGGCGCCUUCUAGUUGGUGAUGCGUGGGGUGAGCUAGAAGCCGGCGAGUUCUACAUAUGCUCAUGGUCAAGGCUCACGAAGCACCAAACCUGGUUGGACAUCUUUUUCCAGAUGCUGCUACAUCUCUCCAUGGACCUGGUCCCCCUGGUCUUCCUGAUCAUGGCCCAACGGAUCGGCAGCCAUUCUGCCUGGAUCCUCUGGGCUGAGGUAUGUCUCCUGACGGGAUGUAUCCACAUCUUCGUCUUCUACUCGUUGUGGUGGAUUGGCGAGGUUUCGCUGAAGGUCAAGUACUUCUGCCGCGCUUGGCAGCAAGCUCGCGCCUUCAACGGCUUCCGGCACGGCCGCUCCAGCAUCAUGCAUAUGACUCACAGUAUCUGGGUGAUGCAUGACGAGAACCAGUUUGACAGCCACGAGCAGGAGCACAGAAGUGUUUGUGUCACGCUAUGCACCCUCUUCCACUGGGGAGAAUAUCUUUUUCCAGUCAUCAUUUGUGCUUGUACCUUCGUCUUUGGCCUCGUUGACCAGCGAAGCUUCCUGGCCCUCCUAGGGACAGAGCCCAAGGGCGGAGAUGUCGGCAAGUUGCCACAGCAUUCAGUGCAUUUUGUUAUUGGAGGUGGAAGCGCAAUGGUGAUGAGCUGGAUAGCGAUGGGCUCAGGUCAUCACUGCUUCCAGUCACCCGCACGCAGCUGGCAGAUCAUGUUUUGGGAGCUCGGCGACGAUUUCUUGGGGCAGCUGCAAAGCAUGACAACACAUCACAACGCAGAAGUCCUUUUCGAGACCAUGGGAAUACCCCGCGACGUUGAGAUCGUAAAUUACGCUGACCGCAUCCAGCCACUGCAGCCACCUGGAUGGCUGAACAAUGCCUUCAACAGUCCAGAUGUUCUUCAGCGAUGGGGCGAGAAGUGGUGCAGACUCAACCACAGUGCGCAGAAGCGUCAGCGCCAUCCCUUCGCAAUCACCUUGAUCAUGCUUGGUGCGGUUUUCGGAGGCUACAGACUAAAAUGGCUCUCGCUUUCUUGCCUGGCUAUACUCUUCUUCCUCUUCCUGCGCCUGCUGUUCAUGUACUUUGAGGGAAACUUUGGCUGGGCAGCAGCCAUCUGCGAAGCAUUCUUCGAAAGCAUCCUGCUUCAGUGCCUUGUCAUUCAGACAGCAGACAGACCGCUCCUGGAUGCAUCUCUGAUCUUUCUUCUUUGUGCUAUGCGGCAGUUUGGCUUUCAACGGGAAGUGCGAGCAGGGGAUCGGAUUCGCGUCGUCUCCUUGAUGGCUCUUGGAGUGGUCCAUUUUGUGGUCAUUGCCAUCGUCUGUUGGGCCUUCGUGACUUCCUUCCAGAAGAACAAUUGGAGUGCGUUCUGUGCGGAUAUGUCGAACUGCAGGUACGAGCAGAUCAUUCCUCGCCCCGUAAUCAAUCAAGCGUACACGCCUCUGUGCCAGAUGGAAUUCCCCAGGCCGGACGGCCGAGACUUGAAGUUUGGUGACUUCGGCUUGUUCGCUUCGCUGACCUACGA